AUGACAGAAAUGUUUUCAACACUCUUUGGUCAAAGUGACGCCCAGGGACCUCCGGGCUCGGGGGCUUUAGGGUUUGGAUCGGGGAAACCUCCACCGCCUCUGCCGCAAAGCCAAGUGUCUUUGUCGGGUCAGUUGCCACCACAGAUCGGGGAUGAAGGGCCCAUGUUACGAAAGCCCGGAGCCUCAAAUGAGCCAUUUUACCUACUGCGGGAUUUACCUGUUGGAAAUGAAUUGACAGGAAACUCUAAUCUCAUCACACACUACAACCUGGAGCAUGCAUACAACAAAUUCUGUGGGAAGAAGGUGAAGGAGAAGCUCAGCAACUUUCUUCCAGAGUUACCAGGCAUGAUUGAUUGUCCGGGCACACAAGAUGGCAGUUCUUUGAGGUCGUUGAUUGAUAAACCUCCUGUGUGUGGAAAUUCCUUCAGCCCUUUGACUGGUGCACUUCUCACAGGCUUCAGGCUCCACACAGGACCGCUCCCAGAACAAUACCGUCUAAUGCACAUACAGCCACCCAAGAAGAAGAGUAAACACAAGCACAAGCACCACAGACUGCAGGACCCACUACCUCAAGAAACGCCAUCAGACUCAGAUCCCAAAAAGAAGAAGAAGAAGAGAGAUGAUGAUCCAGACCGCAAGAAGAAGAAGAAAGAUAAGAAGAAGAAAAAGAAUCGCCACAGUCCUGAUCACCCCGGUCUCACUGGCUCACAGCCAAACAGCAGCAGUCUCAGAUGA